CCUGCUUCCCUCCACUCGUUAACCACCUGUGACGACAAACAGGAAAACUCAAACAUUUAUCAAGCAGAUUUUCACUGGAAAACAGUUAUUUCUAUCACUUUUAAGAAGGCGAGAAUGGAGGAAUUUUCUGGGGAAGAGGGCUCUUUCAACUCUGAAGAGGCCAGUAACUCCGUGAAAGAGUGUAUUCAGAGCAUCAUUGGAGAAGAGAGCUACAGACAGGACACUGUGAACCAGUGGACAGCCAAGAUUGUGGAGCAAGCCCUCACCCUGCUGGUCAAACAGACUAAGUCAUACAAGUACAUUGUUAGCUGUGCUGUCAUGCAGAAGAGUGGUGCAGGUCUCCACACAGCUAACUCCUGCUACUGGGACACUGUUACUGAUGGGAGCUGCACAGUGAAAUGGGAGAACCGCACCAUGUACUGUGUGGUCAGUGUGUUUGCUGUGGCCUUAACCCCCUAGACCAGGACCAACCCUGAUACUGCUUAUAGAAGGUGCAAUGCUUCACCCAUCCUGCAGGGGAGGUAUUCAGUAAUCAGUAGCUCACUGUACAUUCUAUGCUGAAUGGGACAAGCAGCGAUACGGCUAUAGAUGUGGUAAAGGGGUCAAUGGAACUCGACCAAAACAAUGGAAAUGCGUGGAGGAAAGAUCCCGACUCUCCUAAUUGCCCUCCAGAAAAAUGUGGUUAUUUGUAUAUUUGACAAGACAUGUUCAUGUCACCAAGAGUCACAUUUUUAAUGUCACAUGCACAAGUACAGUGAAAUGCCUUUAUUGCAAACUCAAAAGCCAACAAUGCAAUAAUCAAAAACAAUGUAAUACUAGAAGAAAAACCGACUGACGACCACCACUGACUUCUGUAUGCUAGCUAUGCUACCAGCUUAUAGGAAUGGGAGUUAGCAUUUAGCGGACACUUCUUCUAAACCUGAAAAGGGACAACUUCUAAAUGUUAUGCAGUGAAAACAGCCAAAUAUAUCCAAAUCGAACUUUAGUAACCACAUUGGGCCCGUUACAAUGUUAGAUCAGAUUUGUUGAAUGUGUGCCAAUCCUGCGUCCUUCUAUCCCCACGGUCUGCGUUCCAUUGACCUAUUUAAUGCAUCUAUUGAAAUGCUCUGGAUGGGCUGAAAUGCUGUCCACCCCAAAGACACUUUAUUCAUUGACUUUAAAUGCAUCAGUUGAAAUCUUCCUAUUAUGACAGCUUGUCUUCAAAGCUGCUACCUUACGAUACCAAUGUUCCAACUAUAAUGUUGGCUUUACUUGUAAUGAAUAAAUAAUCAUUUUGGUGGGUGCUUA